GAGGAGAGCGGGGGUCACGGAGGGAGGCUGAGGAGAAAGUGAAGGUGACGUGCGGCGGCUCCUCCUCACACAGCCCGGGGAGGGAGCGGAGUUGGGCAAGUGUCAGAGUGCUGCUCCCUGCAGGGAUCCGCAAGGACGCACAGGCUGCACCGGACUCCUGCACCUCACUGCCCGCCACACUUGGCCCAGCACGGACUCCUACUGGACCUCUCCUCCCUCACCUAGCCAUGGAAGUAGCUGUAAAGUUUAUGGUCGCCUGCUCCCUGUGCCUGUAUGCUGCCGGGGACUAUGAUGGAAGGUGGCCCACACAAGUUGCCUCUUCUACAGGACUCUGCCGAUACGGCAACAGGAUUGAUUGCUGCUGGGGAUGGGCACGACAGUCAUGGGGCCAAUGUCAACCUUUCUACUACGUCUUAAGGCAGAGAAUAGCCAGCGUAAGGUGCCGUACACAAGCCGUUUGCCAGCCAGGAUGCAAACAUGGGGAGUGUAUAGGCCCCAAUAAGUGCAAAUGUCACCCUGGAUACACUGGAAAAACCUGCAAUCAAGAUGAAAGCCUAUUGACCAUCCAGCCUGACUGGUACCAUGAAGUGCCUGUUUUCUAUCCUGUGGAUUAUCCGACAGAGUUCCCUCCCGGGGAUCUAAAUGAAUGUGGACUGAAGCCUCGACCUUGCAAGUACCGCUGCAUGAACACGUAUGGGAGCUACAAGUGCUAUUGUCUGAAUGGAUACAUGAUGAUGCCCGAUGGAACAUGUUCAAAUGCACUUACCUGCUCCAUGGCAAAUUGCCAAUAUGGAUGUGACAUUGUAAAAGGAGAGGUCCGAUGUCGCUGUCCUUCUAAUGGUUUGCAGUUAGGACCAGAUGGCAGAACUUGCGUGGAUGUUGAUGAGUGCUCUACAGGAAAGGCUGUGUGUCCCAGAUUUAGGAAAUGCGUAAACACCUUUGGAAGCUACAUUUGCAAGUGCUAUCCAGGAUAUGACUUAAUCCAUGCCCAUGGGAAAUAUCAGUGUUUUGAUAUUGAUGAGUGUUACACUGGGGAGUAUCAAUGCAGUAAUUAUGCAAGAUGCUACAAUACACCGGGAUCCUACAAGUGCAAAUGCAAUGAAGGCUAUCGGGGAAAUGGAGCUGACUGCACAUCAAUCCCCCGAGUGAUGGUUGAUCCACUUGGCCCACAUAAUUUUCUACCAGGUAAAGAUAAUAUGAGAAACAUACUUAAAGGAAAUGGCAGCACAUUAAGUGGUAGUGAAGGAAGCAGCAACAGGAUCCCAGACUUUGGCUCCAGAAAUCCUAAGUGGCCUCCCUCACCCUCUAUUACAGCAAAUCCGCAUCCAAAGACACCCAAGACCACAACCAGACCACCUGUAACACGGCCAACAUGGAGUCCUGUAACUAGGCCAGCACCAAAACCAGUAACCAGGCCUCCACAGCCAGUGACCAGGCCUCCACAGCCAAAGACCAGGCCUACACAGCCAGUGACCAGGCCCCCACAACCAGUCACAAGGCCACCUCAACCAGUCACAAGGCCACCUCAACCAGUCACAAGGCCACCUCAACCAGUCACAAGGCCACCUCAGCCAGUGACAAGACCACCUCAGCCAGUGACAAGACCACCACCAACAAAGCCACCGACAACCAAAUCACCCACAGUUGUUACCAGAAUACCAGAUAGUAACAGGAUUGAUGACCAAGGAAAACAAAGAGGAGAUGUGUUCAUUCCACAUCAUGAAAAUAAGAUAUUUUUCAACUUUGAUGUUGAGAGGGGGCUGAGUGCUGAUGAAUAUGAAGAAAAUGAUGAUCCAGGAGUUUUGGUCCAUAGCUGUAACUUUGACAAUGGCUUAUGUGGCUGGAUUAGAGACAGAGAAAAUGAUUUGCAUUGGGAACUGGUCAAAGAUGACUCAGGGGGAAAAUAUUUAACAGUCAUGGAACCCAAGGCAUCCUCCGGGAAGGUAGCGCGACUGGUCCUUCCACUUGGACAUCUUUCCUAUUCUGGAGACCUCUGCUUGUCAUUUAGACAUUUAGUGUCAGGAGAGAGUUCUGGUAAACUUCAAGUCUUUGUAAGAAGAUUAGGCGUUCAUGGUCCUGCUGUGUGGGGAAGAAAUGGAAGUAGCCAUGGAUGGGGUGAAACGCACAUAACUUUGCCGGGGGCAGGUGUCAGAAAUAUUGUCUUUAAGGCAGAAAGAGGGAAACAUCGAUCAGGAAGUGUUGGUCUUGAUGAUGUCAGUAUAAAGAGAGGGCGCUGUGCUAAAGCUUAAAACUGGUCAAAGUUUUUGCUGCAAUGUGUGACAACCCACCUUGCGAGUAUGGCAGGAAAACCUGAUGUGGGGCUGCAAGACAUAUUCACAAAAAAGUGAAGGCCUGCAUUCUCGCAACAUAUAAGAUGACAACGAGCACAAGAACUUUCUUCCAGACAAUGUUUGUUGCUUCCUAAAACUCUUUUCACACUACCAAAGAACUUGACCUGAGGAAAUGACUUGAAGAAAAUCAAAAAGAACAUGUCUAGUCUGGUGCAGAGCUAAUUCUUGAAAUAUGUGUGCUCGAGCUUCUGAGAAUUGAGAAAACUCUGAUGUUAAAUGACUUUUGCCAAGUCAAACUCUACUAAUAGUGGAGCUGAAAGCUUUGUAAAUGCAGAUUGUGUACCUAUGUAUUUAUCGGAAGAUUUUAACUCCACAACUUUUUAUAAUGGGUAUAGCAUUUUAUUUAAUUAUGUUGAAUAGCUCUUAAAGUCAAACACUUAGUCACGUCCCCGAGUUUUUUUUUUAUAAAGAACAUAUAAAUGGUGCUUGUUAGUAGAUUUUAUUGGCCACAGAAAAGUUUCUUUGAAGUUUUUAUGAAAAGUAAAUAUAUUAGUGUUGCUCUUUUAGCAUGAUAUAUAUGUACAUUCUUACGUAUGAAAACGGUUUCAUUGAUAUUUUUGUAUCAUGUUUAAUAAUGGGUCAAUGUUGUAUUUUUUUAUUAUUACUUUCACAUUAGAAACUGGUUUUCCAUGCAAGACCAUUAAUAUACAGAUGUAGCAGGCAUUAAAGUAACUCCUGUUAAAGUAAUGCUGGCUUCGUAUAACAAUGUGCAAAGCUUGUUACACUGUUGGUUUAACCGAGUUAAUGCUUUAACCCACUGAUGUUGGCGCUUGUAGAUCUAUAUGGAGAUUAACUACUUAUGUCAUUGAAGAGACAGCGGCCUUAAUUUACUGUGACUCUAAAACUUGGUGGGAAUGCACCCGAAAAACUGAAAAUACCGGAUAUAUACAUCAACGUUGUUCAAAAAUAUCUUUAUGACCACAAUUAAAACAGUAUUGACUACUUUUAUUAUUGGCCUAAUGUUUCCUGGAACUGUGUCUAGCCUAAGAACCAUUUUUACUCUUUACUAACACGUAAAUGUAGAUUUAUUGCUCGACAUUGCAGGACCUUUUUUUUGCAGCAAACGUGUCUAAAGGUAUUCCAUUCCGAGAUAACACUGAUUUAUUUUGCCAAUUUAGAUUUUAUAUUCAGGUAAGUCAUAUAUAAAUGAAUGGUUUGGGAAAUCAAAUUUUAUAUACUUUUUUUUUUUAGAGUAUACUCAGUAGAGUUGCCUCCCCAAAUACCGACUUUCAUCUAUUAGCCGGAGCAGAGAGAGGUUACAAAGAUCAUCUCUCAUUCUGUAGGACAAGCUGUGUCCACGGCUUAACUUAAAAUUCCAUUGAUUUGACUGUGAGAACAGUGCAAUGGCGCUGCAGGGGAAUUGAACUCUUACUGUUGGAUUCUCCUGAGAAACCCUGUGAUCAUUUUAUCGUCAAGAGACUCUUGUAACAAAAAAAAA